AUGGGACCUCGAUCAGCCUUCACAUGGCCAGGCCCUCUUGAGACAAGUAACUCUGGAAACAGUUUGCUAAGUCCUGGACUGCCUUCAAUGGGACAUGUUUCUGGAAGCAGCCUCACACCCCCACCACAGUCGAGAUCCGUGACAUCGAGCCCCCCACGACUGUCUCUUUCGGCAGACCAGCGAGAAGUCAAACGACAGUCAGAUAGGGCACGUCGAGACUCGAGGCUGGUGAACAGAAUGCGCCGCGCUAACAGUAACCCUUACGUCGAUUCUUCGCCUUCGGCUUUGGGGCUUGCCGCUACCACAACAGCUAUGAACAUCUCAGCGUAUACAACGGCACCUGCUCCCGUGACUCUCAUGAGCGAUACUCCGACUACAAUGAGCAGCUCAACGUAUCUUCAAUCUUACAGCCCAUCCCUCGAAGACCAUCAACCGCAAUCCGCACCCGUUUAUCCUACCUCAUACCCACAAAGCUUACAAGCAAACUAUAAUAUGCCUGUGGAUUAUGCAUCAGUUUAUGCUGGAUCCAGUCAAUAUAGUACUCGAUCACCGCCUGUACCUGUUGGCCAGGACGUUGGUUUUAUGUAUCAGGUACCUACAGUCCUGGGCCCGGGAGGCUCAAACACACAAGAAGCUGGACAUGUCAGAGUCGUGCAAAGUCGGCCGAAGCCGCGAUGCUGGGAACACGGGUGCAAUGGACGACAAUUUUCAACUUUCAGUAAUUUGUUGCGACAUCAGCGAGAAAAAUCUGGCCAAGCCGCAAAGGCUUCCUGCCCUAACUGCGGAGCCGAGUUUACGAGAACUACUGCACGAAACGGACACCUACUUCACGACAAGUCAACGCGACUCAGCCUCGAACUGAACCGGAUCUGGCGUUAG